CGGCGCCCUUUCGUCUCUUUGGCUCAUUGAAAACAAUGUUAUUUUAAGUUUGCUUACUUUAAUCUAUUUAGUUUUUACUGAAUUUCUUUGUUCUAAAAUACUAUUUCUACCAGUUCAUGAAAGGAUUUUGAAAUCGUUGCGAAAUAGGCUUAGAAAUUCUAUUACAAAAUGGAAAUGCAUCGCAGUUUGGUAGUUGUUGUGCUUUUGGUUGUCCAAUACAUCGGACUUGUUCUAUUCCUUAAAGGCUUCUUCCCGAUCAAACAAGCAAUCCCUGGAUCUGCAUCUUUAUCUAGCUUUCCUCCUGAGCCAGGGUCAGACGCACCAGGAAGCCCUGUGGACGCGGUGCUGGAUCGGUUGGUGAUUGUACUGAUCGAUGCGCUUAGGGCCGACUUUGUUUUACCGGGUGACGGGAGAAUGAAAUACUUGAAUGAACUCGUAAGAAAUAACGAGAGUUUAAGUUUCCUAGCAAAGGCACACCCUCCAACAGUGACCAUGCCAAGAAUAAAGGCCCUUAUGACUGGGGGUAUUCCUGGAUUCAUCGACGUCUUGUUGAAUUCGCUCUCCACUGAGCUCCAAGAAGAUAAUCUGCUAGCCCAGUUGACGGCGGCUGGGAAGAAAAUUGUGUUCUUUGGAGAUGAUACUUGGAUCAAGCUUUUUCCUGGGAAUUUCGUGAGAAGUGAUGGCACUAAUUCAUUUUUUGUUUCCGAUUAUACUGAGGUUGAUGAUAAUGUGACAAGACAUCUGGGUAAAGAACUCUCCAGCAAAGACUGGGAUGUGAUGAUACUUCAUUACCUGGGCCUUGACCACAUAGGCCACUUAGCGGGACCAUCCAGCCCUCUGAUUGGUCCAAAGCUACAGGAGAUGGAUGACAUAUUAAGGGAUAUCCACAGGAACCUUAUUCAUUGGGACCAAGAGAUGGGGACACAUUCUGCUAUUGUGCUAUGUGGUGAUCAUGGAAUGAGUGACUCAGGUAGUCAUGGAGGGGCGUCUCUUCCUGAAACUUUAACUCCUUUAGUUUUCUUGAGUUCCAGGCUAAAAGAUGGAAGAGGAGCACACUAUAGCAGAGAGGAGAUUGAACAGAUAGAUCUGGUGCCUUCACUGGCCACCCUUCUUGGAGCAGCCAUUCCACAAAAUAGCAUUGGCUCAAUUAUUCCACAACUCAUGACGUUCCAUGGCCCAAGAGAAAAAUUAAGAUCAUUCCAACUCAAUGCAGACCAGCUAUUGAAGGUUCUUAUUGCCAAUGGCCACUCCCCCUCAGACUUAUGGGAACUUGAUCAGGCAACACGCCUACACCAGGAGUGGCUUCAUGAGCUAGACUUGGGAUCCAAGUUGGAUGCAUCUAUGACUAUUUCUGCUGAGCGGAUCAUCAAACAGUAUUCUGUUGCACUGAAAAAGAUGAGUGAUGCAGUUUCAGGUUCACUGUCUUGCUAUGACCUGCAUGCAAUGGCAGUUGCUGUCAUGGCUCUUGUGCAGAUGUUCUUCUGGUUUCUCUACAGUAUGAAGCUCCCUGCUAAACAAGGUCUGCCUGGAGGAAGAUCAAAGUUUCCAAAUGUUGGGAUAUCCGGGUUUGCUGUGGGUUUUGUAUGCCUGGUUUUGGUCACUGGUCAUUUGACAGUCUGUUCAAGUGCCAGUAAACCAGGGACCUGUAGCAGCAAUAUCCUUUGUUCAUUCACCUUUCCUGCCAUCUUCUUCAGUAGUGUCAUCAUCAUUGUAAGCACUAUUUCCAUGUCAACCCUUAUCUCAAUCAUCUUGUCCAUCAACAAGACCAUGCUGGUAGGCACAUUCAACAACGUCUCCCAAAUUAUGGCCGCAUCUCCCAGAGGUGCACUUCUCGUAGUCGGCACCAUCCUACAUGUGUUUAGCCUUUUGUCGAGCAGCUUUGUGGAGGAGGAACACCAGACUUGGUACUUCCUGGUUAUCAGUUAUUUCUUACUGGACUUUUGCUGUACUGUGAAAGCUGCAUUUGGAUAUAAAAAGAAUGCUACCACAAAGGACCACAGGAUGUUGGGUACAAACAACGUUGCUAGUAAUGAUUAUACCACUGGUGCGAUACCUUAUGGUUUAAGGUCGCUUCAAAGGGAACAACGGGCUGAAGUACAUCACUACCAGCAGCCUGGGUCAACAUCACAUGAGGGGACACUAGGAAUGACCUAUUAUUGUGUUUUUAAAGAAUUUGGCUCAUCGAUGUGGACUUCUGUUCUACUUCUUGUUACAAUUCGCAUUUCUCGUACCUUGAAUCAAACCGGAAUAAAAUGGGCGAGUCAACCGGAUGUCAGUGACUGGCUAGUUGCACCAGACAACAAACUAAUAUUUUCUGUGAUAUCAUUUACGUCAAUACUUAUUAUUCUAGCCUCUCAAGUCCAAAGAAGUAGACUCAUCGAGUCUUUCAUACUCGCCAUUGGGUUAACAUUGGUCUAUCAUUACCGGUCAGCUACUGGCAGCUUGAUAUCACCAUGGCAACAUCAUGAAGUAAUCACAGACGGCCUGAUGGAAGCCAGGCUGGUGUAUUGUUGUUCCCUUGCUUUGGUUAUAUGCAGUAUUUUGACUGUUUGCAAAGCUUUAUUUAAAGCACAAGGAGAAGACGACUCUACGCCCUUUUCAGCCUAUCAGAAGACGCUUGCGCGGGCUCUUGAUACGUUCUUGAUGGGUUUAUUAGUGUUGGAGGCUUUGCUGUUGAGGACUCAUAACGUAGUGCUACUCGCGCUGUUUGUGAUGCAGGAGAAUCGGCUCGCCAACUCGACUUGUAACAGUAAUAACCCAACCUGGCGCUUGGCACUUCUUUACUACUGGCUCGGCCAGGCGACGUACUUUGCGCUAGGAAACUCCAACAGCUUGUCUACAGUAGACAUCGCCGCGGGGUACAUCGGCAUGCGAGCUCAUGAUGGGCUAGUGGCGCUGAUUCUCAUGUCCUUAGCGACGUACGCCAGCCCAGUGCUAUGGCUAACGGCACUCAUCAAAUAUCAAGUCAAGAACGCGACCUCAUAUACUACACUUCAGGACAGUAUGUAUCGCGCAUGCGUCACCAUGGUUGUACCCAAUGCCCUACUGUUGUGCGUUUACUGUACGCUGGUAUAUGCCCAGCGGUACCACCUGUUUGUAUGGAGCGUGUUUUCUCCCAAGCUAUUGUACGAGACGAUGCGAGCGCUGGUCAUGUUCUGUGCUUACGCCACCGUUCUUAUAUUUGCUUCAGUUAUAGAAAAAUAUGGGAAAAUCUCUCAAAGUAAAAAGCAAUAGAAUUGCACACUUAAGUUGAUAUGCCAAUUCCUAACUUUACAAAAUAACAGCUGAAUUCGUUGUCUCAAGACCGCUCGGAAAUCCUUGACUCUUCUAGGAAAAGCGCGUGUUUAAUAAGGCUACUAAACCAAUCGAUGUCCCGCAUGAACCAUUUGACUGUAAAUUUCCUGAAAAUUAAUUGGCCAAUGCGGUGAUUGAUCAAGGUGAUGAUUGGUCAUGUUGUCAGCGCGCUGUUCCAAGACUAGACAUGCAACGGGUGCUAAACUACGAACGCGGCUGUAAUCCGCCCGCGAGAAUAGAGAGCUUUAGAUCCGACUCCGAGUACGAGUCCGAGUAAGAGUUUUACCUGGAGACGAUAGUGCGCAUGCGGUAGUUCCAAUCUUAACCACUGUGACUUCUGUCACGCAUUUGUAUUUAGCUUUGUAAAACAAUGAAUACCAUAGUUUGGACUUUUUUAUUGUAAAGUUUGUUUGCUUUACCUUAAAGAAAACAGUAAACACGACCGGCAAUAAAUUAGAAUGAGUUCA